AGUUGCAACAAGAAACGCGCGAGCGCGUGGCAAAUGUCUGCCAAGAUGGAAACGGUGGAUCAAUGAAGUUUGUGAUGGAGUGGCGUGUAAAUUGUGUUUUUUGAUAUGUGAUAUUAUUCGAAUGGGUGACUCGUGGAAUUAAAUGGGCCAUGGGAAAAGAUCAAGAGUUGCUAGAGGCAGCAAGAAAUGGCAAUAUCUCUGUUGUAGAGAAGAUUCUGAAUCAGCGGGCGAAGAGGAGUGGCCCACUUGCAAGUUUGCGGCGAGGCCCGGGAGCUAAUGUCCAGGACAACAGUGGCUACUCUGCGCUCCACCACGCGGCCCUCAACGGCCACAAGGACGUGGUAAAGCUCCUGCUGACCCACGAGGCCUCCACCAACAUCGUCGACGGGAAGGGCUCGUCGCCGCUGCACCUCGCCGCCUGGACGGGCAACGUGGACGUCGUCAGACUCCUGCUGUGCCAUGGACCCUCCGUGCCGAACGUCAACCUCACAACGAAGGACAACGAGACGGCGCUGCACUGCGCCGCGCAGUACGGCCACACGGCCGUCGUGGGCCAGCUGCUGGAGCACUCGUGCGACCCCACCAUCCGCAGCGCGCGCGAGGAGACGGCGCUCGACCUGGCGGCGCAGUACGGCAGGCUGGAGACCGUGGAGCUGCUGGUGAGGACCCACCCGGAGCUGCUGCAGCCGUACUCGCGGUCCAGCGGCGCCGUCUUCCCGCACACGCCGCUGCACCUGGCCAGCAGGAACGGCCACAAGGCGGUGGUGGAGGUGCUGCUGACGGCGGGGCUGGCGGUGAACGCGCGCACGCCCGCCGGCACGGCGCUGCACGAGGCGGCGCUCUGCGGCAAGGUGGAGGUGGUGCGCACUCUGCUCGACGCCGGCGUCGAUCUGGGCGCGCGCGACGUCCACCGCAACACCGUCGCCGACCUGCUGGCCCAGUUCCCCAAGCACGUCACCCAGGAGAUCACCGACAUCAUCGACAACCACCGGCGCACGUCGGUGUCGUCGCGCGGCAGCCAGGACGCCGACUGCGAGACGCCGGGCGGCGCGGCGCCGCUGCCUCCCAUCCCCGUGCCCGACGCCGCGGGCCCCGGCAGUCCCUACGAGAACGUGCGCCUGUCGGGCCUCGACUGCUCGCCCUCGCAGUGGGACUGCAUGUCCGGCGGCGCGGACUGCAAGGCGGGCUUGCUGCCGGACCGCCAGCGCCGCCACAGCAGCAACCAGCGGGACGCGGACCAGAUGAGCGUGUCGUCCACCGCGUCCAGCGCGGGCCGCAGCGACGCCGCCGCCGCCGCCGCCGCCGCCGGCUUCUACGUGCCCAUGGCGGCGGCGCACAGCCCGGGCUCCGGCAGCAAGGUCUCGCCGACGCCGCCGAAGAAGCCGCCGCGACGCAACCUGUCCGUGUCGCCGACGCACGCGCAGCCCUGCAUGACGGCGUCGGCGGACGGCGGCGGCGGCGGCGGGGGCGGCGCCUACGAGUACCUGUUCCUGGCGCGCAGCGGCGUGCGCAGCCAGUGCGACCCGGGGGACGCCGCGAGGCCGCUGGCCCGGCUGGGCCGCAGCGUGGACCAGUACGUGGACAUGAGGCCGCCGUCCGCGCAGCCGGUCGCCAUCACCUGCAUGUACGAGAACGUGCCCCUGAGGACGCAGAACCCGCGGCGCAAGCUGCGGCGCGGUUGCAGCGACCGCGCCGCCUACGAGAACGUCGCCGUCGACGACGACGAACACGACGCCGACGACGCGUCGUCCACCUUCGUGUCGAGCGCGCACAUCACGCUCCGGUCGUCGCGCGAGAGCCUGCUGGACGGCGCGGCGGCGGGCCGCCCCCUGCACGAGGAGGCGGCCGCCCCCACCAGCCCCACGCACUACCGCCAGCCGCCCACGCCCGACCACCCGCCGCCGUCGGCGCUGCAGGCGGAGAAGAGCAUCCACGACCGCAUCCGGCCGCUCAGCCAGGAGUACAAGCGGCGCUCCCGCGACAUGGAGACCGAGACGGAGGACGACUUGCUGCUGUUCCCCGGGUCUCUGGGCGCGUCCAGCGGCAGCCUUUCCAGCUCGGUGUCGCUGUCCGACAAGAGCGUGUCGACCGACAACAACGUGGAGGAGUUCCUGGGCGACGCGCCGUUCGCAGGGCUGCUGAAGGGCUCGACGGCGCAGGAGCCGUGCCACAGGGCGGCGCCCGCGGAGCGCCCCAAGACGCUGCGGCGGCUGCGCAGCGUGUACGAGAGCGCUGCGACGCCCGGCUGCAGGCUGGACGGGCCGGAGGACGCCGCCGCCGUGGUGUGCCGGCGGGCGCCGCCUCCGUCGUCGCGCGGGGGCGGCGCGGCGGCGGCGCCGGGGGCGGCGGACAAGUCAUUGUCCAUCCUCAGCCCCUUCGACGAGCAGGAGGAGUGGGCCAAGAUAUCCGAGAUCAUGGCGUCCUUCGGCAGCGACUUCGUGCGGGACUCGCUGUUCGUGAGCGAGCUGGAGCGCGAGUUCCAGAGCAGACUGGGCUUGAACCGGUCGGCGAGCAACAGUCCGGUGGUUGGCAGCGCUGUGGGCCAGUGGCUCGCCAGUCUGGGACUGGCAGAGUACGAGUCCGUCUUCCACAACCACGGCUUCGAUGACCUCGACUUCAUUAACGGAGUCCUGGAGGAGCAGGACCUGGCCGACAUGGGCGUCGCGGCGCCCGCCGACGCGGCGGCCAUCCUGGAGGCGGCGCGCGCCCUGCCGGCCAAGGCGGCGGCGGUGGCGGCGGCGGCGGGAGGCGGCGAGGACGACGAGGAGGGGGCGGUGGACGCGUGGCUGCGCGCCAUCGGGCUGGGCGGCUACGCGGACACGUUCCGCCGCCACCUGUACCGCGACAUGGGGCGCGUGCGGCGCGUGUGGGAGGUGGAGCUGACGGCGGUGCUGGAGAUACACAAGGCGGGGCACCGGCGGCGCAUCCUGGCGGCCGUCAGCGGGCAGCCGCGCGGGCCGGACCUGGAGGGCAUCAGCGCCGACCUCAGCCUGCUGAAGUGCAACAUCCAGCAGCUGAAGGAGGAGAUCAAGGAGAAGCUGCCCGCCCCCGGGGGCGGCGGCACGCUGCGGCACAGCCACAAGAAGUCCCGGCCGGCGCCGCCGCCCCCGGGGUCCGCCCCCGCCGCCCCCGCCGAGCUGCAGAUCCGCGAGCCGUCGGAGCUGCUGGUGGGGGUCCCGGCCACGCUCACCACCCAGUGGAGGCACCACCCGCGCGCGCUGCUCAGCGGCGCCGUCACCUACCUCGCCAACUACCUGGGCUCGACCGUGGUGAAGGAGCUCCGCGGCACCGAGUCCACCAAGAAGUCGAUCCAGAAGCUGAAGAAGGCCACGAAGGAGCCCAAGACCAGUCCGGACAUCGUGCUCGCCAUCUCCUACCACGGAGUGCAGUUCCUCAACCCCGCCGACCAGGAGCUGGUGUGCGAGCACGAGAUACGCAACAUCCACUGCGCCUGCCAGGACGCCGACGACCUUACGCACUUCGCCUACAUCACCAAGGACCACGCCAGCAAGAGCCACUACUGCCACGUGUUCUGCGUGCUGACCAUGGACCAGGCGACCGAGGUGAUACUGACGCUGGGCCAGGCCUUCGAGGUGGCGUACCAGAUGGCGCUGCGAGACCAGGCGCCGCCGGCCCCGGCCGCCGCCCGCAACGGCCACACGCGCUCGCAGUCGGCCAACCAGAUCCUGCCGCUGCUCGCCGCCGGACACGCGCGAUCCCUGUCCGUAGACGAGGUGCGGCUGAACGGCCAGCAGGAGUCGGCCCCGCCGCCCGCUCCCUCCGCCCCUCACACGCCCAAGGCGACGACGCCGUCCCAGGCGCCCAUCGUGCAGACCGAGGAACUCUAGUGUCCCCGUGGUCCCGCCCUCCCUGGUGAUCGUACUAUCGCUCCGUCGCCCCUCUCCUGUCCCUCCUUCUCCCGCCCCGCAACUGCCUCUGUGAUCUCAAAGGAAAUGUGGUUUCCUCUCCUUUCUCGCCUCCCCCUGUAUCUCCCUCUCCCACCCUCCCAGGCUGUCGCACUAUCGCCCCUCUCCUGUCCCUCCUUCUCCCGCCCCGCAACUGCCUCUGUGAUCUCAAAGGAAAUGUGGUUUCCUCUCCUUACCCGCUUCCACCUGUAUCUCCCUCUCCCCGCCCUCCCUGCCUGUCGUACUACCGCCCCUCUCCUGUCCCUCCUUCUCCCGCCCCGCAACUGCCUCUGUGAUCUCAAAGGAAAUGUGGUUUCCUCUCCUUUCUCGCUUCCCCCUGUAUCUCCCUCUCCCACCCUCCCUGGCUAUCGUAUCAUCGCUCUUCUCUGAUUUCUCCUUCUCCCACCCCGCUAUUGCCUCUGUGAUCUCUAAGGAAAAGUAUUUUCCUCUCCUUUCUCGCUUUCCUUUUUUUCCCAGUCACCCUGCUCAUCCUUAAAAAAAUUGUAUAAUUGUUCCUCUCCUGUUUCUUUUUCUCCAGCCCUGCACGGAACUGUAGGAACUGUAGCUUCCUCUCCUUGUUUGCCUUUGCUAGUGUUUUCAUCGCCCCGCUGUUAAGGACAGGAGCUUACAUAUCGCUGCUGUGUGUUUGCGUGUCCAUCGAGUGCCCGCGUUGGCAAGGGUUAUAACGGACUUAACCUCGCUGGCAGCUUUCCCCUACCUACCCUAGGCUGUAUAUUUAAUGCAAUGUAAAAAUUAUGUUCCAUUCGUGUUAAGUACACUUUAGGAGAAUACAGUUUUUGAAUGUAUUGUUUUUAGAAAGGGUUGUAAGAAAUUUGUCACACACUGAAGUUGAAGCAUUGAAAAUAUUGCUCCAAGUCGGUUUUAAUUUCUAAGCUGGAAAUUCGCUAUCCGCCAGGGCCGCAACUAGAGUCUCUGGCAACCGGGGCAUGAAUGGAUUCAUGCGCCCCCCCCCCCCCCCCCCUCUUGUUUAGCACAUACCACACCAAUAAAGCGGAUGUUCGGGGGCCCUCCCGCGGAAAAAUGGUGCUAUUUAAGCAUUUUACAUACCUACAUGUAACAGUUUCUGUGCUACUGUAACUUCCAUGCAAAAACCAGUUGUAGUAGGAAUUACAAUGCAAGCGAUUUCGGCGCCCCCACAGCUUUGCACCCGGGGCGUAUGCCCCGCUUGCCCCCCCCCCCCCCCCCCCACUCUAGUUGCGGCCCUUGUUUCAACUAUUGAUUAAUAUUUAUUCUCAAUGUGUGCCAAUGGUUUACCAGUCAUUCCCAGAAUUAACUGUUGAUUCGGCUUUAGGGUCGAAAUAGUUUUCUAAAUAUACACAUUUAGCAUAGUGAAAAAAACACUCCAUUUAGCAUAGAGAAUAUGUGUAAUGUUGUUUUAUAUGAUUAUUUCUCUCCUGAAAACACCUUUUUAGCGAAUAUAACAACAAAGGCGCCCUUUUAAACUCCAUUUAUACAGCGGACCAUGGCACCUUUGUUUCUAAGGAUGAUUAUUACCUCAGUAGUUUUUGUAAUUACGUGUUGUAUACAGUUUUUGGUGGGUUGGCCGGAACAAAUGUUAAUCAUAAUCAUUCUAUAGCGUUUUUAUGUUUAUCCUCGAGUAACAUAUUUUCAAAACAGAAGAUAGAAAUAGUUUUUAAACAUACUUUAUUAAAAAUAUUAGUAAAAUAGUGUUUACUUUCGCUAAAUAUAAUAAGUGAACAUAUUUUGAAGCUUAGUUACCCACAUAUUUCUUGGACAAGAAAAUACCAUAUUUGAUGUGUUGUUACAAAUUGUGCUUAAACGAUAAAAUAAACAGGUUUUCUCGUUAUUCACGUAGUUAAUGAUUCACAUUUUAAACUUGUAUUUUACGUUCAGCUUGAUACAUUUUACCUGCUAGUCUGAGAGAACCGAGAGCACAUGUUUAAUGAGAAAAUGUGAUAUGAACAUGAAGUUCCGAGUGAUGGUUCUACAACAUUCUGUCCUGAUAUGAAACUAAAUAUUUUCAAGAGUUUCAAAUUCAUUCAAGAUUUCGCCCAAUUACUUUAUCCCAUGUUACCAACAAAAUAUGUGACGUUAUAAAUAUCAUACCAUAGUUAAUGUGUAGUAUCGGAUAACUUAAUUGUGAAAUAUUUUGUACAUUAUGGUUUUCAUGCACUAGUUUAAAGUUCUUGUAGUAUGAGUAUUCACAGUAUGAGUCGUUUAGCACAAUGUUUGACUUUAAACGUUUUAAGUACAAAUAUAAUUUUAAGGCUUUCUAUUUUAAUUGUAGAGUAUAUAUGAAUGCAACAAGAUGUUGGGAACUUUUGUUGCACUGGUGUAUACUUCAGGCAAGGAUUAAAAAGUGCCGGCCUAGUUAGGAAAAUGACACCAAGCUUGAAGUCUGAUAGUUUCUAAGGAAUUUUAUUUUAGUAAUAUGUGUUUUAAAAUCUUGCAUCAGUUGUUUCAAACACUUUUAAAAUGAUGAAUUCGUAAAGCGUUUUCCAAGUAGCACAAAUUUAGUAAGGCUGUGCUUGUCUCUGAUUCUUGGAAAAAGUAUUUUUGUUAAUCAAUUUUUUUUCCGGGUUCAUGUUUUCAACUGAAUCCUCUAUUUUGUUUGAUAACCCCCUUUGCAAUCUUCUAAACUACAUACUUUUUUUUAUAGUAUCGCGAUUUUUUUCGUGAUAGUUUAAGAUAACAGAGAAUAAUACAUGAAAUACUACUUUUAUUGUUUAAUAUCAUCAAUUUCAAUGUAAACGCACGUUUAAGAUAAUCCUCUAUUUUCCUGUAGUAAAGUUUUUGGAUAGUUGUACAUAUUACUUAUUCGCACAAGUGUUGUUCAGUGCAUUUGGGACAUUGUAAAGUGAUGGAUGUAAAUUAAGUUUUUUUUAUUAUUGCUGAUGAGAAUAAAAACAAGACAACCUGACCAAAAGUAAACGUACUGACAAAGCCAGCGUAUAAUUUUUUUUACUGUUAGAAUUAUAUAGAUGAAUUAGGAAGGUAUUAUGUUUUAUAGUUAGCCAAAAUAAUAUUUUAUCAUAAAAAAAAUAUAUGGCCGAAAGUUCCUUAUCCUCUAAUAAAUUAAUUCUAAAAUUUCUUAAAUAAUUAGAUAAAUGUUGUUUUUACAUAUUUUCUGAAUGUUUUUAGUAUCUUUGAGAGCUCAGAAUGAUGUGUUUUAUUUUUUGGUUUACCUAUAAUUGGAUAAUUUCGAACGUUUCAGCGUUUGAAAAGUCAUUUUAUUUAGGCAGUAUUGUGUUUGUUCACCCAUAUACUCAGUUCCAAUGCUAAUUGGAAAAUUGCACUCUGCAUACAUACUCUGGUACAUAGCAACUAUGUACUUUUAAAGCAUUUAACUCAUUAAUUAAAUUUAGUUGUUUAUUUAAUGGGUAAUUUAUAAUGAUAAAGUUUCUAACACAAAUAACACAUGUAAAGUAAAUAAUAAAAUAGCAAAUUACUUAAAGCUUAUAAAAGCUACUUAAAAGAUCACUGAAAUAAAAUGAUCUGUGCUACAGUUUUAGCUUUAAAGUAUUAUUGGAAUGAAGAUGUAUUUGGUAUUGUAUUACUAUCGAAUAUAAUUAAAUAUUUUGGCUCCAAUAAUGUUGUGCAAUGGGGGAGCCCCAGUGGCGAAGCCAGGGGGGGGGGGGGGGUUUAGGGGUUGUGACGCCGUGACGGGUCCCAAGCUUUCAAAUAUCUUACACCUACUUUAUUUAACCAGCGCGGUAAUUAUAUGCAGGUGGUGACUGGGUAACUCUUCAAGCUAAAGCUAAUUGUUUCCAGGAAUAGGCCAGUUCUGCCGAAAUCCAACCAUUUUUAUUCCUUUUUUUUGUAUUGUCGAGCUUCGAGCAUGAUUUAUGAUUUUGAGUGGACGUGGACAAGGCACUUGGAUUGAUUAAAAUAUCUUUAAUUAAUUUCUUACUUCAUCACUCAAACAAUUUUUUGACAUGACAACGUAUAAUAAAUCGAUGAACGCCGGCUGCACGCACGAAAAAGUGUCCCACUACGGAUGUCCCACUACGGAUGUGUCCUUUUUGCUCAUUGUACGCAUGCGUGGCAUCUCUCUUCAUGCUCAUUGUACGCAUGCGUGGCAUCUCUCUUCCACUCGAUUGGAACAACCAUCGAUUUGACUUUUCAAUCAUAUUUUCGUCGUUUUAAUUAUUAAUACUAUGUAAUUUAACGAUCGUCCACCGAUUUUCAGCACAAUCGGUACGGUUAUUUAAACGUAAUGUUGAAAAUUCAAAUACGUUUUGAACCAACAAUGGUGUUUUACAGUUUUACAUAAUAAUUCAAAUUACACCCGGGAUCUUUUGCACAUGUAACACAUUAUAAAUAAGUUUGGUGUAUUUGGAAUGCGUAUUUGUUAUAAAAUCGUGUUCAUAUUAUUCCCCUACCGUGAACAAAAUUUUUAUAAAUAUAUAUAUGACAUCUGAAACUACAUUACAUUAGAAUGGCCUCGUGGGCGUGUGGUAAGCGUACAAAUGUUGGUUCAAAUCCCGGCAGCUGCAAAAAAAAAAAAUUUGUUCUUGAAAAAAUAAAUACGGCGCACGCAACAUUUCAAAAGUAAUAAAUAUAUUUGAAUUAAUGAAUGCAAAUAAAAGUAAAUUUAUUAAUUCAAUUGCACAUUUAAUUUCACUCCUUUGUAUCCAUACAAAAUAGAGAUAAUUCAAUAAAAAUGAUUCAAUUUUAUUCAUAAAAGUAUGCAGAGGUAGAUUUUAUCAUGCAAAAGAUGGAAAAAUUAAAGAAAAUUCUUCCUCAAAGAAUAUAAUAUUUUUAAUGCCUAAAUGGUUUGGUUGCAAAAAACUAUUACGGCUCAGUCUCAGGCCGAAUAUGAUAUUUCCUUUUCUUCUGGAUCAAUCAUUUCAUCAAUGUUUUGUUAUGACGUUGUCACGUUAAACUAUCGUCCGUAAACCGACUUUACAGACAACCAAUUUUUUUUAUUAAAAAAUUAAUAUUUUUACCAUUACAAUAUUUAAAGUUAAGUACCGAAAACUGCUCAAAUAGCACUAUUUUACACCUUAGAAUCCAAAUUUUUACGGGGGAGGAGCCCCGAACCCCCCGCUUAAAUAGGGGGGGGGGGGGGCCAUGCUUCUCAACCCCCCCCCCCCCCUAUACACAAAUCCUGGCUACGCUACUGCAUCGUUCAGAAACUAGGCUUGCACAGACUAACAAACACUUCAAGAUUACAUAAAAAUGUAUAUCCGUAGGUAAGUUAAACGUGUAAAAACGCACUUUAUUUUUAAAAAAAAUGAUUUUUUCGAUUAUAAGAAAAUAUUUUCUAUAAAAAAAUAUUUUGCGUAUUUUCUCUUUUUUAGUUUAUAAAUGCGAACUUCAGUUUCUCAGAAAUUCGUUUUUGGUUGUCUUGAAUAACUUAAUAUUUAAUUAUUUAAGUGACAUUGUAAUUAAAUCUGUUUUGGGCUGGAUUCACACCAGGCAACUUCUCUACCCAGCGAGCAGUCAGCACGAUGGUAGAACCCGAGGAAGCAUUUAUUGUGCUUGUACUCCUGCAAGAAGAGCAGCAAAAUCGGCAUAGCAUUUUCGUGCCACUUCCCACCAAGCUUCACUGCUUUUGGUUUUAUCCCCGUAUUCCUCACACAUCGUAUCCCAUAUCGUGGAACUACUACGGGUGUCUUCUCUAAACUGCUCCACAUUGAAACGUCCUCGGUGGACUCUGCUAGGCGACUGGUGUGAAGGACGAAUGCCGAGUAGAGUCUUGUGUUGAGUCUCCUGGUGGGGGUGAGAAGGUGAGCGACACGGGCUCCUAUUGGCCGCCCGCCAGAGAGGACGGUUCCCAGUCAUCUGCUACAUCGCCACCUACACUCCAUUCACACACACCCGUCCCUUCAACCGGUGGAAACUCGUCUGAAAUGGAUUUAAUUCGGUAUUAAGCCUUCCGUGUACAAAAACACGUGGCGCAAAAAACCCUAAACUUAAUAUUUUUUUCUAACACAAAUGAGCUCCAACAAAACCAAAUAUAUGCAUUAAUUCAGACUCACAAAGAUCAAAAAAUGUAGGUUUACUUAGACUAUUAAAAUGUUUUAAAAAAACAUAUUCUUUUGAAAUAUGUUCCUUCAACACGCUAACUGCUUUAUUCAAACAUAGAGUUUAUAAAGAUAAACAAAAUUUUAAUCGUGGCUGAAACUGUAGAGGGUAGUAUUUUUUCCAGUAAGUUAUGUUAUUUUCUUGAAGAGGAUGCUGCCGUCUUAUUUACGCCCAUUUUAAAAGAUGAAACUAGUACAUUCUCAUUUUGUCCUCUUUUAUUCAAACAAAGCCCAUAAAAAAUAAAAACUCUUAACAUUGGUCAAUGUGGAAAUUUUGUUUCUUCAUUGCGUUGCUUUGGAAAUUGAUUGGUACCUAUUUUUGAAGAAAAUGGUUUCGCUGGGUUAUCAUUAUUAUGUUAUUAUUUAAAACGUAAACGAAAUUUAAAAUACUUGCUCACUACUCGGUAAAAAUAGUCAUUAUUAUUUUGAGUAGAGUCGAAUAGUGAUCAAAAUAUUUAUUAGAUACCCCAUGUCUCCUUUACUGCUUUGUAGGUACUCUAUAAAUUUAAAUUCAGUAAUAUAACUUUAAGCUUUCUCAAGUGAGUAAAAAUUUUAAAAGUAAAAAGUUGAAAUUAAUGAUCAAAAUAUCUUAAAAGUAAUGAUUUAUUCUUGAUUUUUUUUGUGGUUUUAUUUUCGUCAAUUUUUUAAUCAUCAUCGUAUAAUGGCAUUUUGCAAAUAACACAGUUAAAAAUCAAUUAUAUCUAUCAGCUCUAAAUAAAAUACUUUUAAUUUUUUUUUUUGUUAGCUUGGGUUCCCAGACAUAUUUUAUAACUUAACUGUAAGGCGAAAGCUUUACACUCGGGCUACACUCUUUCCGAAGCUGAUUACAAAUAAAUAUAUAAAUAUAUAUAAUUUGAGGUGAACUUUAAGCAUACGUGGAAUACUUGGAAAAUAUUCUCUCAGAGUGGAUUUACGCCAGUAAACGUAUCGUGAAAACGACGGGAUAUUUCUGCCACGAUAAUUUUUCUCUUGCUUUCCUGAUAGCGUUUCGAUUGUUUCAACGCUCGCAAGAAGAAAAAAAAUCAUGUGUGCAGGUUUUUUUUUUUUUAAAUUAUACUUCCCGCGUGCACCAGAAUGUUUACGGAGGUAAAUACGUGUCGCGACCUGUCCUGUUCGCAGAAAUUAAAAACAAAACGUGACUCUUGCAAUUGAAAAAAAAAAUAAUAAUAAUUCCCCAUCUCCGUGUUGACAAUCGAUAUGCUCUAAUAUCGAGGAAUCGCGUCCGUGCGAGGUCAUUACAACCGCUCGCGCGUGUUUGCACGCGUCAGUGGAAGUCGAACGACCGCAGGCCGAGUCCCGUUUGACGCGUGCAAAUAUUUUUCGCGACUGAUUAUGCUUUUGUGGAUUGUGGUUCGCGGCGGAAUUUGACGUCACGCUCGCUCCGUCCUCCAAUGACAGAGUAGCUCACGCGAAAAGAGACGGAAAGUUUGCUCGCAAAAAAAAAAAAAAAAAAAAAAAUCCGCGUUCGGUCAGGAACGAACUAUACAAAACUUUCCAUUAUUAUUAUUUUUUUCUCAUGUCGUGUAAAUAACUACAAUAAUUACCGACAUACGCGAUGAUUAGAUACCUGCAAAAUUCGCGGGUUCAAUGACCUCCAGGAUAGACUCUACUACACUCAACACACUCGGGCAAAUGCCACCUGUUCAUUGGCUGCUGACUUGUGAGUCGUCUCGACUGAGUGUCUGUGAUUCGACACUUCUAUGAGUGAGGGUCUCUAAAUGGCCCUCAUUAAUCCAGAUUAACAGUGAACCAGUGGCAGAAGCAGCGCUAAGGUAUAAUUAUUUGAAUUGUAGCAUAUCACGAAAUGAAUCCGCGAAUUUUGCAGGUCUCUAGUCAUGAUAAGUAGGGGCAGGCAAGUUUCGCGAAAAAAAAUUCUGAAUGCCUAUAAGACUGAAACAAGCUGUAGGCCUACCCAUAUCAGCGGUUUUUUCUCUGUGAUUGGCGGCCACCUGCAAGAAACUAAAUUGCCUUAUUUAACUCAGCCACCCAGGACGCGUUUGCUUCCGCACUGAAUGACUGUGAAUGGUGUUGUAACAGUAGAUAUGAACCUGGAAAAAACUCACCCAAUCACUAACCACACAGACAAUGCUAUAGAGUUUUAACUUUCAUCUACUCUCGGAAUCUUUUUCGCGAAAAAUGCAUGCCCCUAAUGAUAAAUUGAUCGUGGUGACUCAGGUUGUUAAAAAGGCUGCUAAAAAGGAGCCGGAGGUGUAUUUGUGUUGAGGCAGGCUGAUAAGGGCGAUACUCGCUGGUGCUUCUAGCGCGUCAUCGCCUUCAAGCACGAGACAGUGUCUUCUCGACCUGCUUGAGGGAAACUUUGAGCUGAGAUUGGCAAUCGUGAUAUUACAUGGCGGCGGAAUGUGGAUAAAAUUGUACUGCAAGUCCCUUGAGUGCUUUCAAUAACCUUUACCGGGUGUUCCAUGCCUACAAGUUAUUAAGAAAACAUCCGUUUUAGCCAUUUUCACUCUCCUGAAAGUGCAGUUUUAAAACGAAACACAGAAACAGAACAAAUCAUUAGAGACCUGCAAAAUUCGCGGAUUCAUUAUGUGAUAGGCUAGAAUUCAAACACAUAUACCUCUUAGAUAAUUUUGCUAUUGGCUUACUGUUCAUCUGGACGAAUCUCAACCAGUUAUAAACCCUCAACCAAAGAAGGAUCGAAUCACAGACAAAGAAGCUGAGACGACUUACAAGUCGGCAGCCAAUGAACUUGCGUUAUUUGCCUGAGUGUACAGGGGUAUGUGCAGUCUAUCCUGAAGGCCAUCGAAAACGCGAAUUUUGCAGGUCUCUACUAUUCAUCCUUUCUCAGCAUAUUCUUAAAUGUUUUUCGUAAACAGACACCAAUCGGAUAUCUCGAUCAGUUUGCAAAUCACGUGUUGUUUUUUUUUUCCCUGAACCUCUGAACACCGCAUGUGUUCUCGGGUAGGCGUGGUCCUUAAGUUACAUUCAGGCUGCGUAAAGGCUACAGUUUGUGAGAAACCUAGUUGUGAAUGAUUGUCAGAAUUAUUUAGACACUAAACACAAUCUGGCUUGUCAAAAAAAAAUUUCAGCGCUUAUUUUUUGAGUUCAAAUAUUAUAUGCUAAAUAUUUUUCUGUGGAGAUUUCUUGGUUUUAAAAACUACACGACAAAUAAAAAAAAAAGUUAUUUUAGAAGUGAAAUAUGUACCAGCUGUAUGGUUGAAAUUUUUUUCCUUCAAUAUAUUUAUUUCGGGUUUUGAAAUAUUGAGUUAGGGUAUAUUUCGAAUAUGUAUUUAAUUUUAGUUUAAAUAUGUUUUGUUUCUCUCAAAAAUAAUUUCAUAAAGUUGCAGUUUAUCAAAUAUUACUAAUCCAAAGUGAUAAAAAUGUAUCGAGUCAACAACAUUUACAUAGUUCACCUUUAACAAUAAUUACUGAUAGCUUAAGAUGAAAGUUACACUUUUUACAGAUUGUUAAAAUUGUAAAAUGUUAGCCUAUUUACAUUUUAAUAUUUAAAAAAAAAAAGAUUUGUUCAACAAAAAUUGUUUCUUUCCACUACAAUUUCGAAUAUUUCUCUAAAUGAAAUCAUUAUAGAUACUAAAAAAUUUUGGGAUCUAAACGUGAUGUCGAUCCUGAAAAUGGUUUAUAGUUACUUUCAGCGUUAUAUGCAUGAAAACUCUUUUAAAUUUUAAUGUUACACAACCUGUUGGAUUUUAAACUAAUUUAUUUAUAUAUUUUUUUAUUUUGAUGAGAAAAUAUAAAUUUAGGCCAAAACCCGAAAUAACAUUAUAUUGCACUAAUUCAUUGCAUUGCAGAAUUCGCAAUUUCUCAGUAGACUUGCGCUAUUAGAACUUACGUUAACGGAAAUAAAAUACACCCUCCAGUUUCUGUGCCACUUCAUAACUUGAUAACGUACUGGAACAAAGUAGGAUGGGAGAAAAUAUGCUAGCUAGUAUAAUUUUUUUUUCUUUCGAAAAUGUAUUUGGCUAGUUUGUUGUUUUUACUACCGCAUCGCUCUGUCUGAAAGUUUCUUGUCUAAGACUAACAAAGGAUGUUAGAACUACGUCAAACAUUGCCACAACACCUAGGAUAUAGUUUUUAAUUCUAUCAAAAAGGUGGUUUAGUGUUUUAAAAAAUUAUGAACAUUGCCAGUGAAAACGGUAUAAGUGUAUUAGUUGUUAUUUUGUGUGGAUAUGUGGAAAACUAUGUAAAUAUUCAAGGCGGUAGUCUUUAAACUAAUGUUGAUUUCUGUGUUUAUCAAACAGUUUACCUACUUUUUUCUGGCUUACAUACGCCUCACAUGUGUUUUACCUAUAUUAUAUUUGAGAGUGCCUGUCAUGGCAAUCAUAAAAAAGGUGCUGGUGUAGGCACAUUCGCCAAAAUAAUUUAUCCUGACUGUCAAAUGAAGGCUGAUAUGCGUAAUGAGAGACUGGUUGUGACUGUAUAUUUGUUCUUAGUGUGUGUGCAUGGCGAAGAAAUAUAUCGUUUCAAAACAUUUGGGAAGUGGAAAAAUAAACACUAUAUAAAGGAGAUACUCAGAACAAAAUAUUGGCUGUUUUUUGUGUGAUAUUGCUUUGCGUGUUAUUUAUGAUCGUAACUAAAAAAAAAAAAAAAUAGAAGCAAUUAUAGAACGCCAAUUUUGUGAGAAUUAUGUUUUGUGUUCCGUUGGUGAAAAGUUGCAUCUGUAAAUUUUGUUCGGCAUCAUGUGAUUGUUAGUAUUUUAUUCGAAUUUCUUAGGGAUAUUUAAAAAUUAAAGAGUAUUUAUGAAAACAUUA